CACACCGCCGGGUGUCCCCCUAACCCAAAACAAGCGCACUGGGCACCGCCCACAACAGUUCUCUGGCUCUUCUGUCUGUUGUCAUUACCACUGGAAAACACCCAACAGCCACAGCGAGCACUCUGGCAGACGACCAAGCUCCUGUGCCUGAGUGAGUGUCCUCCAGGGCACGAUGGCAGCAGCAGGAGCCGCGGGGCCGGGGCCCACUGACUGUGUGACCAAGGUGGCCAUAAGCAUCUCCUGUGAGAAUCUUCUGGACAAGGACACCUUCUCAAAGUCUGACCCUCUGUGUGUGCUUUACAUGAGCAGCUCAGGGCCCCACUGGUGUGAGAUUGGACGGACGGAGAAAAUCGAGAACUGCCUCAGUCCCCAGUUUUCCAAGACUUUUGUGAUUGACUACUACUUUGAGAUGGUGCAGAAGCUGAGGUUUGAAGUGUACGACAUUGACAGCGCCAACUGCAGCCUGCAAAACGCCGACUUCCUUGGAGAGCUGGAGUGCACCUUGGGACAGAUUGUGUCCUCCAGGAAACUAAAAAAACCUCUUGUCAUGAAGGACAGGAGACCUGCAGGGAAGGGAACCAUUACUAUAUGUGCUGAAGAAAGAACAGACAACAGAGUGGUGCAAUUUGAAGCGGCAGCUAGAAAACUGGAUAAAAAGGAUUUCUUUGGCAAGUCCGACCCUUUCCUGGAGUUUUACAAGCAGACAGAAACUGGAUGGCAGCUCGCUCACAGGACAGAGGUGGUGAAAAACAACCUGAACCCAGUAUGGAGACCGUUUCGAAUCCCGUUGCAGGCGCUCUGUGGCGGUGACGUGGAGAAAUUUAUAAAGGUCGACUGUUAUGACUACAACAACAGUGGAUCACAUGACUUUAUUGGGUCCUUUCAGACCACACUCUCCCAAGUGCAGCAGUCAUCACAGUCAUUUGCGGCCGAGUUUGAUUGCAUCAAUAGUAAGAAGAAACAGAAGAAGAAAGGAUACAAAAACUCUGGUGUCAUCAUUAUAAAGAAGUGCAUGGUAGUAAAGGAGUACACUUUUCUGGAUUACAUAAUGGGCGGCUGUCAGAUUAACUUCACUAUUGCUAUCGAUUUCACCGGCUCCAACGGGGAUCCCAGGUACCCUCAGUCCCUCCAUUACAUCAACCCUCAUGGCUACAAUGAAUACCUGGCUGCAAUCUGGUCUGUGGGUAGUGUCAUCCAGGACUAUGACAGUGACAAGAUGUUUCCUGCUUUUGGAUUUGGAGCCAAGAUCCCUCCAACUAUGCAGGUGUGCCACGAGUUUCCCAUCAACUUCAACCCAGCAAAUCCAUUCUGUGCAGGUAUUGAGGGUGUGGUCCAAGCCUACCAGCAGUGUCUGCCCCAGGUGAAGCUUUAUGGCCCCACAAACUUUUCCCCGAUCAUCAACCACGUCGCCCAGUUUGGCAGGCAAGCCAUGCAGCAGCAAACUGCCUCUCAAUACUUUGUUCUGCUCAUCAUCACUGACGGAGUGAUCACAGACAUGGAUGAGACGCGCAGCGCCAUCGUCCAGGCCUCUCGUCUGCCCAUGUCCAUCAUCAUCGUUGGAGUAGGCGGGGCUGACUUCAGUGCCAUGGAGUUCCUGGACGGAGAUGACGGGAUUUUACGCUCUGUUACGGGCGAGGCCGCCAUGCGUGACAUUGUGCAGUUUGUGCCAUUCAGGCAGUUCCAAAAUUGUCCUCGGGAAAUGCUUGCUCAGAGCGUCUUGGCAGAAGUCCCAGGCCAAGUGACAGACUUCUUCAAUACCCUCAAGUUGAAGCCGCCCCAAGGUGACAGACCUGUCACCGACCUCUCAGCAUCAGCACCCACCAGUGAUGUAUUGUGAGGACCAACUUUUCUUGUCAGUCUGCCAACUCCAAAUACUGAGCAGACACCUUUUUCUUUCUGGAUUAUUGGAGCAGAGUCCUCUUGUCUUUUCGCACUAAAGCAGUGAUGCCCAAACUUCUUCCCCCAAGUGACCUAGUUUAUUGUAUCAUAUUGUUCAGAUACAAAAUGGGACUGGAAAAAAAUAAAAAAUAAAAUAAUUAUAUAU